AUGGCGGAACCUAUAGGCCUGGCAUCUGGCGUUCUAACCUUGACGGUUUUCACUCUUCAGUCGACAAAGACCCUCUAUGAAGUUGUGGACAGCUUUCGAAACAACAGCAGAAACAUCCGAGAACUCAAACAAGAACUUGAGGCGCUAGAAGCUGUGCUUAGUUCUCUAAACAAUAUCCAAAGCGACGAGCAAAUCGAUCUGUCAGCCUUGAAGUUGCCCCUCCUUCGAUGUGGUCAGGCAUGUCGAGACUUCGCAGACAUCAUUGAGAAGUGUACAGCCCGUUCCAACGGGGAUAAAUCUAGCUUCCGUGACUGGGUCAUGUUGACGUACCGAGGCAAAGAUAUUGUCGGGUUUAAGAACAUCAUCGGGGCGUACAAAUCAACUAUUACAAUUGCACUUGCAGAUGUAAAUAUACGGCACACCAUGGUGACUAGUCAGCUCCUUCGCGAGUACAAGGAGAUGAUCGAUAACACCACCUCGGAUCUCCAAGAAAUUCUGGAACAGACUAACAACGAACUGGCUCAAUCUCCGGUGCAGGGAGAAGCAUCAUCUCUGAGCAGUGCCGAUAACCUUAAUCAAUCCGUCGUUGAAGAGGAGAGAGCAAAUAUCGAAUAUUGCCUCAGCGUGUGUAAACAGGUCGCAAACCACUUGGCACAAGUCCAGGCGGAGAUCUUUACGACUGCUUCCAUCCGCGAGGUCGCCAAUGAUCGGAGUCUUCCCCAGACGCGGCAAAGCCUAGCCCGUCGGAUUACAAGCGAAAAGUUGCGUGAUUGCAGGACUGGGAUUCGGUUCACGAUGUCUGAACUCCAGCUGCGUCUGCAGGACGCCGACCAUCGACUUCAGAGGCUAUUGCACCCUACUCAGCGUGAGAGAGGUGUGGGGGGAGAUAUCCCUCACACCCAAGAAGUGUUCGAAGACCUUGAAACCAUCAGACAAUGCCUUUCUAUCUGUGAUGAGGCUACAGAGGAACUCGCAAGGGACCGAAUAAAUGUGUUUGAAGAUGUCCGCAUGACCGACGAUGGCCAACAAGUCAUUGUAGCGACUCUGGGAGAUCUAAUUUCAGCCAGAAAGGUCUCGGCUGGGGCAAGGUCGAAGCAGUGGUUAGGCCAAAUGUCGGACGCCUCGCUUCAACAGAUUUCCAGAGACAGUUUCUCGAAUGGAGAUAUUACUGCAACCAAGGACCUCCCCACCGUUGUUCCCGGCAGCGAUAUACUGCAGGAUGUUACCACGGAAAAAUUAUCAGGGAUCGGACAUCAUCGAUUUGAAGGCCGACACGGAGCAGGACGCCCACUAGGAUAG